UGAUGAAAAUCUACAACCUUUAUUUCCAUUUAUCAUUUCAUUUGUUGUCUGUUACGUUAACGUCCCUGCCUCCGAUUCUUUCCAUUUCUUACUUUCUUUCUAGUUUCUCCCUUCCCUCUCACACAACACAAGAGAACACGAAUAAAACGCACUGCACGUGAAUCGCAAUUAUUAGGGUUUACACACCCUCGCAGAUGGUUUGAGAUUGCGAAUUCGACGACGAUGAUGGAAGGAGCGAGCAAUGGAGGGAUGCUGUACCACGAGGUGCAGGAGUCGAAGCUCUGCGCGGUGCAUUGCGUGAACACGGUGCUGCAGGGCCCGUUCUUCUCGGAGUUCGAUUUGGCCGCGCUUGCCUCCGAUCUCGACCGCAAGGAGCGUCAGGUCAUGCUCCCAGCGCUCGCGUCGGCGGAUUUCGAGUCGCACAAUGUCUCGCUCGACGGGGAUUUCAGCAUCCAGGUUUUACAAAAGGCUCUGGAAGUUUGGGACCUACAAGUUAUCCCUCUUGACUCUCCAGUUGCUGAGCCUGCCCAGAUUGACCCUGAGCUGGAAAAUGCCUUCAUUUGUCAUUUACAAGACCAUUGGUUUUGUAUCCGCAAAGUGAAUGGGGAGUGGUAUAAUUUUGACAGUCUCUAUGCAGCCCCACAGCACCUUUCCAAGUUUUACCUCUCUGCCUAUCUUGACUCUUUGAAAGGCUUUGGGUGGAGCAUAUUCCUGGUUAGAGGAAAUUUUCCAAAAGAGUUCCCCAUCUCCUCAUCUGAAGCUUCUAAUGGAUUUGGGCAGUGGCUUUCACCCGAAGAUGCUGAGAGGAUAACUAAAUCUUGCAACUCAGUACAGGCUCCACACCCGAGAGUUAACGAGCACCAACAGCAUUACGAUCAGUUUCUUUCUCAUGGGGAAAAUGAAAUGCUAUUAGACAUGGAAGAUGAGGAUCUAAGGGCUGCAAUUGCAGCUAGUCUGAUGGAUUCGUCCCCAGCUGUGACCAAUGCUGAAGCCAGUACUCCUCAAAAUGAUAAUCAUAGUAGUAAACAAGUGGCAACCACUGAAGCUACCCCUCUAAAUGAUCAACACUCCAAACAAGUGGAACCCAUUGAAGCCACUCCACCUGUCAAUGCUCUAAGCAACAAACAUGUGCCUGCUAUUGAAGCUUGUUCUCUGAAUGAUCAAAACAGCAAAGAAGUGGCAUCUACUAUAGGUGAUAAUGCUCAAGAUGAAAACCAGAAUAAAGAAAAAACAGCCUAAGAGUGUGUUCUUAUUUGCUCCUAAUUUGUUUUUGCAAUUGAGGACAAAAAUCUUUUCCGGUUUAGGUGAUCGAAACAUACAUCAGUGGCUUAAAGUCAUGGUGCUGUGCAGUAUACACAUUCUCAUUUCAAUUGCAUGAUGUAUAAACUGUAAGGAAAACCCUUAAGCAUUUCCAUCGAUUAUAUGAUAGUUACCAAGUUUUGACAGUGUUUUGGAAAGCCCUUUCGGCAUUUCCAUGUGCUUGUGAUUGAUACCAAGUUUUGACCAUGCUGCAUGCUGGUACUACUACAAUAAAUUUGCUUAUGGUGGUGAUUACGAGAA